AUGAUAUCUGUAAAAUUUUGGUUCAUCUCUUUUUUCAUUUUCCUUACCAUAAUCUCUGUAAGUCCAUAUCCGAAUCCGACAAAACGUAAUACUGGGGACACUGCGAGUGCCUCUUUUCCUGAUGUAAAUAACGUAAACACAGUUACCGGUGAAGUUCAUUUCACUGAAAUAUCCGAUAGUAAAGUCAGAAUGACAGGACAAUUUAAUACUGGAUUUCCAAAUGGACACCCUGAUAAUUAUCAAUUUGAGAUUAUUGACAAAGAAGAUAAAGUAAUUAUGGACGUGACAGAUGAUAUUAAAAAUAAACUUCAAAUCAAUGUUCCAGGCACAGCACCGUUUGAAUGUGAUAUUAGCGGUUUGACUAUUAAAGAUAUUAUCGGUAAAUAUCUUUUGGUUAAGAGGAGGCAGUACGUUGAAGGCGGUAAGGCAGAGAUUAAAAAAGCUUAA